UGUCAGACGUUUGUUAACGGUUUUGCUACAAAUUCAAAAUCAGGUAGUGAAUAAUUAAUAAACCAUGGCUGUACAAAAAGAAGAAGUUGUAAUAUCAGGUAUUGGAGGAGUAUUUCCUGAAUGCGAUUCGAUGGAAGAGUUAAAAGACUUGCUGUUCAGCAAAACCAAUGGAGUAACAAUCGAUUCAAGAAGAUGGAAACCAAACGAACUUGGUGCUAUUGCGGGAACCGGAAAAAUAAAAAACGUUGACAAAUUUGAUGCAACUUUCUUCAGUGCUCAUCCUAAAUUGGCUGAAGCAAUGGAUGCAAUGACAAGAAUAUAUAUAGAACGUUCAAUUGAAGCAAUUUUUGAUGCCGGUUUGAGUCCAGCAGAUUUACAUGGAACAAAUACAGCUGUAUUUUCCGGCUCAGCUAUCAGUGAAACAGAAAUGUUUACGUUGGACUCCUCUAAAUUUGCAGCGUUUUCAAUGUUGGGACGGAGUAGAACAAUGCAAGCAAAUCGCGUUUCAUACAUUUUAAAUUUAACGGGACCUAGUUUUACGAUGGAUGGAGGAUGGAUUUGUGGAUCAAAUGCUUUAGAAAAAGCCAAAAAAAUGAUUGAAAAUGGAUUCAUAUCUUCUGCAAUUGUUGGAGUUACGAAUUUGACUUUAAGACCAGAAAUACAAUUCCAAUUUCAAGGGUUGAAUAGAUUAAAUAAAAAUAUCCAAACAAAAUCAUUCAGUUCUGAUGCUGAUGGUUAUAACAGAUCAGAAGCUUGUAUUGUUAUGUAUCUUCAAAAAUCAUCUGAAGCCAAACGUUCUUAUGGAACGUUAUUGAGUGUACAAUCAAUACAGUUUGGAGAUCACGACGGACAUAUAACUGAGCACAAUGAAAAUAACUUAAAGUCUUUACUGUUGGGUUCUUAUAAACAAGUUAAUAUCGAUCCAGAUUCUGUAGAAUUCAUUGAAGCUUACGGAUCCGGAAUAAAGACUGAAGAUGCUAUGGAAUUAAAUAUCAUGGAAAAAGUUUUUUGCAGUGAAAAUAGAAAGACACCUUUAAAAGUGGGUUCCGUGAAAAGUAAUAUAGGUCAUUGUGAAGUGUCUGGUCUCUUUAUGUCAAUUGUAAAAGCCAUAAUUGUACUAGAAACUGGUUACAUACCACCCAACAUAAAUUAUUCAGAACCAAAUAAAAGUGUAGCAGCAUUAACAAAUGGAAAAAUUCAAGUAGUUAAUGAAAAAACUCCUUUCAAUGGUGAUAUUAUCGGAAUCAAUUCUUUCGGUUUUUUAAAUUCAUUUAGCCAUGUUAUUCUAAAAAAAAAUAAUAAAGAAAAACAGAUAUCCAAACAUAUCAACAGUAAUGAUUUUAUACCAAUACUAAUACUAGCAUCUGGACGGAAUGAAGAAAAUACUAGAGCCACUUUAAAAAAAAUCAAGUGCCAUGGAAAUGAUCCGGAAUAUAUAACAUUGAUCAAUGAUGUAUUUACUAGAAAUAUCAAUGCUCAUUUCUUCAGAAGUUUUUCUAUUUUCCCUGUACUAGAUGAAUCACGGAUAGAUGAAGUUUUGAAUGUUGAUAUGAAGAAACGCCCGAUAUGGUUUGUAUUCUCCGGUAUGGGAUCACAAUGGCAUGGAAUGGGCAAAGAUCUUAUGAAACUUCCACUUUUUGCUGAUUCUAUAAAUAAAUGUGAUAGUGUACUAAAACCACUAGGAGUCGACAUCAAGUACAUUUUAACCACACAAGAUUCAAAAAUAUUUGAUAAUAUUCUUAAUUCUUUUGUUGGAAUUGCUGCGAUUCAGAUCGGAUUAGUAGAAGUUCUGAAAGCAUUAGACAUUAUACCUGAUGGAAUUAUAGGCCAUUCUGUUGGAGAAUUGGGAUGUGCUUACGCAGAUGGUUGUUUUACGACUGAAGAAAUGAUAUUAUCUGCUUAUGCCCGAGGUAGAGCUUCUAUAGAAACAGAACUCAUUCCUGGAAUGAUGGCCGCCAUCGGACUUAGAUAUGACCAAAUUAAAGAUCAACUCCCACAUGACAUCGACGUCGCUUGUCAUAAUAGUGCGACUAGUUGCACAAUUUCAGGUCCAGUUGAUAGUAUCAAUGAAUUCGUGUCAGAACUAAAAUCCAAAAAUAUCUUUGCAAAAGCCGUCAACGUUGCUAACAUUGCAUUUCACAGUAGAUAUAUUCAAUCCGCUGGACCAACUCUGCUUAAAUAUUUGAAAGACGUUAUUAAAGUACCAAAAAAAAGGUCUUCAAAAUGGAUUAGCAGUUCGUUGCCGGAAACAAAAUGGGAAUCUGACCUUGCAAAAUAUUCUUCUCCAGAAUAUCAUACUAACAAUCUAUUGAGUAGUGUAUUAUUCGAAGACGUUCUGAAACAUAUACCCAGUGAUGCUAUCGUAAUUGAAAUUGCUCCUCACGGUCUCCUACAAUCAAUAUUAAAAGAAGCAUUACCCGAAUCAGUAACCAAUAUACCUCUAACAAAGAGAAUGUACGGAAAUUCAAUUAGAUUCUUACUUACUUCUAUUGGAAAGAUGUAUAUAAAUGGUGUUAAUCUUAAAAUUCGUGAUAUUUAUCCAAAAGUUACUUUUCCUGUUAGUCGAGGUACUCCCAGUAUUCAAAGUUUGCCUUUUUGGGACCAUAAUGAGCAAUGGACACCUGUCGUGACUACCAAUUCACAAAUUCAUGGAUUCUUUGGUGAAAGAACUACUUCAAUACUAGUCAAUGAUAGUAUUCAUCUAACUGAGUACCAAAUCCAUGGUGUUCAUAUUAUACCAUUUGCUUAUAUACUGAUAAAUGUUUGGAAAAUGUUUGUUGAAAUUAAUUCUAAAACGUUUUCUGAAGAAUCUAUUCAAUUCAAUAAUCUAUAUUUUAAAAAUAAUAUCAAAGUUCAUCCAUAUAAUGUAGCUGAAGGAAAUUUAAUGAUUCAAUGGGGAUCUGGUCAUUUUGAAUACUAUUUUAACGAUGAGGUUAUUUUUUCUGGUCAAAUAAACUUUUUAAACAAUAAUAUACAUUUAAAAAUAAAAACAGAAGAAAUAAUAGAUUCUGAUAUAAUAUCUGAUAACUUCCAAGAGUGUGUACUAAAAGAUGAAAUAUAUAAAAUAUUCAAAAACAAUGGAUUCAAUCUAGGGGAAAAUUUCAAAAAUAUAACCAAAUUUAAUAUUUAUAAAAAAUAUAUUCAAGGAAAUAUAAAAUGGAAAAAUGAUUGGAUUUACUUUCUUGAUGGCCUAUUUAAAUUUCCUAUAUUACAACAUUUAGACACAGAUCCAAUAAAAACUCCAAUUUCUAUCAGACAUAUUAGUAUAAACCCAACAAUGUUCAAAAAAAAUACAGAAAAAGAUGUAUGUGUAAAUUACAACUUAAUAACUAGAGAAAUAACAUGUGAAGGAAUAAAAAUAAUAGAUAUAAAAAAUGGGCAUUCAGUAUUGCCGAUGAUUAAUUCUUCAAUUGUAAAUGUACAAGAAGAGACAUUUGUUCAUUUCAACCGUUCACAAUCCAAAAACAUCAAUCAAUUCAUCUACGACUCGAUAAAUAUAAUAACAGAUAAUUUAGAUAGGACCUCAGAAAAACUAAUUUUAUGUAUUCCGUACCAUUUUGACGAUUGUAUAGUUAAAUUAUGUACAAAAACAAUUAAACAAAUCUUUGAAAAUCAAUUAUCGAUGAAUAACGAGACCUUAAACUGGCAUGACGUUAAAAACACACCAGAAAAUAAUGAAUCUAGAAGAUUUGUCACAGUAACUAAUGUUAACUACUUACAAGAUACUAUAAGAACUUUAAUCAAUACAAAAUGCAGUUAUAUUAUAGUAUGUUCAUCAAAAAAACUUCAAGAUCUUAAAGAUUGGAAAAUAAUCACACAACAACAAUUUAACAAUAACUGUUAUUUAGGAUUGAUGAAAAAGGUAAUUGUUGUAGAUAAGAACAUAAUAACAAUAAAACCAACAAAUGAUGGAUAUGACUUGAGUAUUUGGAGAACAUUAGAAACACAUAAUUCAACAAAAGACAGGAUUUAUAUAAUUUCAAAAUCUGAGCCAUUGGAAGGAAUUAACGUUUAUGUUAAUGAAGUCUUACAAAAAUAUAAAUCAAAGAAAUUAAGAUUCUUCUUUAUAUUGGAUUCGAACGCACCAGACUUUGAUUCCAAUCACACAUUUUAUACAAACCAACUAUUGAAAGAUUUUAUGGUAAAUAUUUAUAAAAAUGGCGGUUGGGGUUAUUAUAAAAGAAUCGCUCUUCAAGAUUUAAAGUAUGAUAUUAAGGUCAACAAAAAUAUAGUUUUUAAAAAUUUCAUUGCAAAUACUGAAAACAAAUUAACAGUAAAAUAUCUUGGGUUGAAUUUCAAAGAUUUAGUUGUUGAAGAAAACACCGAAAAUGAAUUCGGACUUUUGGAAUACUCAGGGUAUAAUAAUAACGAGACAACUAUGGGAAUAACAUCACUAGAAAAAAAAUCUUUUCAAAUGAUUUAUGACCCAAUAUUAUCAUGGCCAAUACCACCGACGUGGUCAUUAGAAGAAGCAACCACUGUUCCUUUGGCAUACACCAUGAGUUAUUAUAUUUUUAACAUCUUACGCAAACUUCAAAAGGAUAAUUCUAUUUUAGUAACUUCGGGGUUACAUCCAAUAGGCCAAGCUGCAAUCGCAAUAAGUUUAGGUAUGAAAUGUGAGACUUAUGCUGUAGUAGACUCAGAACAACAAGUAGAACAGUUAUCUGGUAUCUUCCCAGAGCUAUUACGGUCAAGAAUACUUAUAAACACCAAUAACAAAUUUGAUAUUCAAUUAAAAAUGAUAACCAAAUCCAGAGGAAUAGAUUUCAUAUUGAACUUUUUGAGUGGUGAAUCAUUUGAAGCUGCUUUUCGUGCAUUAGCUAGUCAUGGAAGUUUCUUUAAUUUCUCAAAAUCAGAUAUGAAAAAUCAAAGAUACAUAGGAAUGCGAAUAUUCUUGCAAAACACAUCGUUUUUCGCUGUAAGUCCAAACAAUUUGUUAAACGAAAGUGUAGAAAACAAACAAAUUAUAAAACAAAUAUUCAUGGAUGGAUUGAAUAGAGGCGUGAUCAAGCCUUUCCGCAGUCGUGUGUUAACUAAAUCAUUGAGCGAUGUUAACAUUUUUGACAUAAUGAGAUCAUACCCGGCAUUGACUAUGUCUGAAAAAGUUAUACUUUCUAUAAAAAAUAUUAAUACUAUUGAAAAGAGUUCCAAAUUAAGAGAAGAACUUCAAUAUAAACCAUAUGAAUGUAAUCCUAAUAAAACGUAUCUAAUAGUUGGAAAUAGGGGAGAUUGGUUUGACUUUGCUGAAUGGCUAGUUGACCGAGGUGCUCAAAAAAUUGUAAUCAUUGUUAAAAGGUGUUUAAUGUCAUCUACUAUUUGUCGGAGAUUUGAUAGACUCAUCUCACGAAACGUAUCUGUGCACAUUGAAUCAGAUUUACAUUUAAAAUCAAAAGAAAAAUCGCUUAACUGGUUAAAUAAAUUGACAAAUUUUAAUAUUUUAGGUGCAAUUUUUAUACUCAAUCAGUUUGAUAUAAAUAAAAUUAAUAACCUUCGUUAUGCUUUUGAAAAACAUACGAACAGAACAUCAACAUCUUUGUUCGUAUGUUUAUUAAGUAAUGGAAGUUCAAUUUGUGCUGAGCUUAAAUCAAUUGGCUUGAACGCUAUAAAUAUUUCCUGGAAUGGAAUGUCUUCACAACCAACAAAUAUAUCCAAAAUAUUGCCUUCGUUGGAUAUUUUGUUACAAAAAUCAUACACAGUAGAGUCUUCGUCAUUUGUUUGCUCAGAACACGGCGCCCUUAAAUCAGAUGGCCAUCAACAAAUUAAUAGUAUAAUCACAAAUAUUUUCCCUGAAUCAAGUGAUGAAUUACAUUUUUUAAAUGAUGUGCAAGCUCAAGAAACAAUAUUUUUUGAAGUUUCGACAAGAAGUCCUAGACUAUCACAGCUAAAAUCUGUUAUACCUGUGUUCAUAAUACCUGGAUUUAAACCAAAACUUAUGAAAUCGUUUUAUGAAAAACUGAGUUAUCCAGCUUUCGAAGCUCAAUUUUCCGAUGAUUUCGAUUCAAUCGAUGAAGUAUCACAACAUUUAGUAAAUAAACUUAAAAAAAUUACAAAUCAAAAAUAUGUAUCUAUAAUUGGUGAAUCUUGGGGUGGUACCAUUGCACUUAAAAUGGCUCAAAUAUUGGAAGCACAAGGAACAUUAACUACUGUAACAUUAUUAGAAGGUGAUCCAGAAAUGUUAACAGAGUGUGCGAAACAAUUUCUAUCUAACGGUUAUAUUACUAAAAAACUUAAUACAACUUAUGGUUCAUUGUCAAGUGAGUUCUCUAAAAAUUCAAUACAAAAAUAUAAUGAAGAAUUUCAAUUGAUAAAUAUGUCGGCUUAUCAAAAACUAUUUGAAGAAAACACACAGAAAGCUUUAAAUACUAUUCGCUAUAGAUUACAAACAUUAUUAGAGACUAAGCCAUUUUCGAAUAAAAUACAUUCAAAAGUUGUAUUAUUUAGAUAUGAAAAAACAUCUAAAUUUUGUAGCACCAACUUGAAAGAUUAUUGUGUCAACCCACCAUUUGUCCAUAUAAUAUCUGGAAUGGAUUAUAAACAUAUGAUGGUAGACGAAAAAAUGAUUAAAAUCAUCAAUAAUAAUAUUGUUCAUUCAUAUCCGAUAGGAGUGGAAUUGUCACUAAGUGAUAAAUAUAAAAAUUUUUACUUUUACAUGCAAAAAUAUCUGAAAAAUACAUAA